CUUUACCACUGCACGCCCACCUCGCCGCCUUUCCUUUCGUCGUGUCCGCGCCGUUGCGCAUUGUUGUCCCGCCUUCCCUUCUGCUGUACAUUCACUUCUCCUCCUCCGCCUAAUGCUGUCGUCGUUGCGAGCACCGCGUAGCGUCGUUUCUCACAGCACUGGACUUUCGGUAUUAGAGUUGUCUUAAUCUCACGCACCCAUUCACCAAACCACCAGGCAACGCGACUUGCACGCGCAACGCCGCCCCGACCUCUCUGCCCGCGCAUCAUCAACGGUCACUGUGCAUAAUCCGAACAUCGACCGGCCGAUUGCGCGCGCCGCGCCAACCACUGCUUCGUUGCUUCCCGAUUGCAUUGAUAUACAACUUUCCCUUCCCGGCCCUGCCAGCGAACAGGGGACGCAGACCCUGCCUAUUCCUUUGCACCUGCCCGCGGAGAGGAGCACUCUGACCAUCUUCCAUCAUGCCGCUCUUCUCACGUUUUAAGAGCAAGGGAGCACAUGCGGCAUCGAAAAAGGGCGAGCUCGAAAACGGCCUCUCGGCUGUACAGCGGCCUGCGAGAUGGCAGUCACGAUGGGAGAGCACCAGCGUCGAGCCCGACGAAAUCAAGGAACUGGUGCACGCGUGCACUGCAGAGAUGAAGACGCGAGCUGAGGCUUUGGACGCACCGUUCAUGCUGCUACCAUUUCGUCCGAACACCGAUCCACAGGGAGCUCGCAGCUUCAUUCACAACUACUACAAAAAUAAUGCCGAAGGAGGAACGCAAUACCGAGGCGACUCGCUGAAGCAGGAGCUCCGACUGACCGAUGCUCUGGUCCUGUGCAGCAUCAUCAAGUGGUGCUGGAGCCGCAUGCCCAGUGGAGUGGUAUCAUGGCCGGUGUACGAGGGUUUCCGCAUUGGCGAGAAAGAGGCGUACAUGGCACGCAAUGCAUUCUCUACAUUUAUCCCUAUUGGAGCAGACUCCGAAGCUCGCAGGAGCAUCAUAGUCGAUUUCUAUGAUCUUCUGGCAGCUGUAGCAGCACACGGAAAGAUGAAUGGUCUGGGUGGUCGCAAGCUUUCUCGCAUGGCAGGUUGGUGGGCAUUUGAGUACACAGAUGACGGAAACGGAUUUGAAGGCGGCUACAAAUCAUGGGAGAAGGCUGCCGAUGCAUCGAGCCAUCUUUUCUUCGCAUAUCUGCGAUCCCUUUCGCCAGAUACGGACCCAUCGUUGACUGUGAUCGAGCGUAUUCCGCGCUCGCUGCAGGCACUUCUGGCAUCUACCGAAUACCCACCGGAAACCCCGACCUUGCUGCAACGAUCGACGCCUCGAGUGGUCAUGAUGGUGGACACUGUCUCACCUACGCCCUUCGCUUUACUUCGGCGGGCCAAGAAUUUCGAGUAUCGCGAUCGCGAUAAAACCCUUCGAUCUUUCGCGGAGUUCGAAGACCCUGUCGAUGCCCUGACGGAGGAGUGCAAGCGGGUGCUGUCCGCUAUCUCGAAUGCCAAUGCAUCGAUGAGUGUUGCUCGCUCUCGACAGGGCCUCACCCAGCCUGACGAAACAUGGUCUGCAUUUUCGAACAUGGGCUUUGGAGACAUCGAUGAGAAUGCAUUGAAACAGACUGCGACCACUGGUGCUAAUGGCGCCACCAAGACUAUUGGACAAGGGCUGCGACAAGAACCGCGAUCCAGAACAGCUGACGCUGGUCGACCGACCACACCGUCGUGGGCUGACUUCCUCUCUGCCGGAUUCGCAGACGAUGGCAGUGCAAAGUCUCCAACUCUGCUGUACCCACCUGCACAAGUGCUUCCUCCUCUUGGAAGUCGCUCUUCCUCGCCUGGACGUAUCGGUGGCGCAGAUGACAAUCUGGCGCCCGGCGAGCUUGCCGCCAUCGCGAAUGUAGAGCUCGACGACGCAUUUUGGUGGGUAUGGAUGACCAGUCUUGCUGGCGAGGAGCCGUCCGACCGCAAAGCUGUCUUUGGGCGCUGCGCACUGAUAGAGACGACGAUUGCCAAUGGAGCUUGGCUCAUCAUGGAAGAGCAGGUUAAGGGUGCUUCACCCGACCCCACGGAAGGAGUCUACAUCGCGCCGAAGAAAAGCCUCUUCAGCUUCACCAAGCGUGGGAGACUUGGUCGCAAGGACCGCUCGCAAGUAAAGAGUCCCACCUCGGAUCAACCAGAACGAGUCCUUUCUGCAACGCCGAGCAAGACAAGUAUCUCGAUCGACCAGCACGCCAAGAUCAAGGCUGCGGCUCGAGCACUGGCACAGCGCAAAGACAGUACAUCCGAGAACGAUGUAACUCGUAGGGGAAGGCAGGAUGACGGGCAGACAAGCAAGACUAACAGCAUGCUGACUCUCGGUAUCUCCAACGAGGCUGGUCCUGCAAUGAAAUGGGCGAGCUCUUAUGAUAAGAAUGCCAUCCGUCAACAAUACCUGGGGGAUAAUCUUGCCGGCAAAGGCAUCUCCAGAGAAGAGCUUGUGCGUCAGACAUCCAACAACAGCCUGGUCCCCAAUGACAGCAAAGCUCGGCCUGCGGAUCCGCCUUUGUCGCCCGGCACAGUGCAUUCAGUAUCAACGUUGCGCAAAUCGCCGUCUCGCGAUCUGCCUCCUUUGCCACAGGAAGCUUCUGCCCAAGACACCGCCGUCUCGACAGCUGACAUUCCGUCAAGCCCCGCCGCCGCUCCUCCCGCAGUUCCUAAGGAAGCAGAGCCAGUACCACAAGCGCCUGCUCCUACUCCAGCGGCCGAGCCCGAAACGCUUGCGCCAGCCAGCGCGCUCGAUAAGGAAGUGGAAGCUGGACUUUCGCCGAACUCUAACAAGGUCGGCAGAAAGCCCGUUCCACUCCCCAACAACCAUCCCGCCCAUCGCGUGGACAGUGCAAAGCAGACCAAACCGAUCACCACGCCCAACCCCGCUGCGGUGGCAGCUGCGAGAGCGAUGUUUGAACGACCGGAGAGCCCAGAGCAGAAGUUCAAGAAGGGCUCUGGAACUGGCGGUGGCCUAAAGAAGUUCUUCGGAAAGAAGAAGGAGAACCCACCUCGAGGCGACUCCUUCGAAGCUCUACGAACGGGUAGCAAUGGCCUUGUCCACUCUUCGGAAUCGGCAAUCGGUCGACGCUUGUCCUUGAUGCGCCGCAAACACAAUGCUGCAGCGUCUCCUCGUGCGAGCGAGAGUACAAUUGAGCAUCCGACGCAAGAGCCAGCCGUCGCUGCCGCUGUGCUUGCCGCGACGAAGAACCAAGACUAUCCACCUACUGAGACGUCUCGGAGUAGCAUUCACGAGCGCACUCUAGCUGAGGAUGAGUUUUCGCGUUUCGACCAGGGCCCAAUGACCGACAUGCCGUCCGCUUUGCCUGAGGAGGUCUCACCUGCGCCUGAGGGCACCAAAUUCCACGAGCGUCAUCACUCUAUUGUUUCUCAGCCCGACUCUACAAUCAACGACGAACACGAUCGCUUUGUGGUACCCUCGAGCCGCGACGAACCUCAUGAUCCUCACGAUGAUGCUCAAUCAGAGGCGACUAUGGAUGACCAUCACGACCCUGUCGUUGUGCAAGAUCGAUGGGCACAGAUCCGUGAGAAUGCACAUAAGAGGGCUGAGCGUCAACGACAGAGUGAGGAUCUUGACACGGAACGCAGCAGACCAAGCAGGCUUACCGACGAUGGAGAGACGAGUGGCGAAGAGACUAUCGAGUCUCGCGUUGCCCGUAUCAAAGCUCGUGUCGCCGAGCUGACAGGCAACAUGGAUGGCGCACACCGAGCGUAAAGGACCUGUUGACACUACACCCGUCCCGUUUCCGGUCUACAUUGUUUUGUUCUAUACCCAUAUACCGCGCACCACGCAUACCCUCUCAUCGCAGCGUUCAGCGUAUACAGCGUCUAAGUUUGCUAUUAGUUUCUGUUCCGCUCUUCGCGUUGAAGAGCUUACGAGAUACCAAAUUUCUUUUGUCCGGUCUGUGGAUGAGUCUGGGGGAUGUUAUUAAUGCUCGCGAAGAGGUGGUGGGAAGCGCAGCGGAGGAAAUUUGGAAUGUGCGGAUCUGUCUGUGUGUGCUUUUUCUUUACACUUUUGAUACCACUUUACAGUAUCUGAUUCAAUGCGACAGUUUGUUAUCACCUCUCG